UCGUGGACUUGUUAAUACGCUUCUGCCUUUGUGGAUGUUGACUUAUUUUUGUUGAUGAUUUAACUAAAGUGUUUGAUUUUUUAAAAAAAACGUUGGUUUUCGUUUUCGUUUUACACCUGACAUGUCUGGAGGAAUGACGAGCGAUGUGGGCAGUCCGUUAUUUAACGGGACGGGCAUUUAGGCUAUUUCACCAUUUUCCAGCCACGCUGUUUGCAGUCGACACAGUAACACCACAUUCCUGGAUUAUCGGAUUUUUUAUCGCCUGGAUCAAGCACUGAGGAAGGGCAGUCUCGUCCCCCUCUUUCCCGUGAUUUUGCCAACUUCCAGCGAACUCCCGUGAGAAGGACACUCAUUUGACCGCUCAGAACUCGAGUUUUACAGAAACUUUUCCAGCCUGUGCCUUCGCUCUCACACAAACCUUCGCUGUUCCAUUACUGGACGCCGGACACGUUAGUUACUCAGAGUGGCGUUAAGUUAAAGUGCUCCUCUUCAUGAUGUCGCGAGCGAGCGCGGUCAGCGCGUUACCUCACAGAGUGGAUUUUUUCUUGACCUGAAAAAAAAAGCCUGUGCGCUCUGCUGCGACCACAGGGGGCCCUAACAGCCAGCAGCGCCGCCCAGCGGCCAGUGGGGAGUAUAACAAGCAGGCAGAAGGGGCAGGGAGCAUCACUUCUCCUGGCCUGGUGGAUGUAUUGUCUUUCAUGAGUGUUUAGAAGCCUCUUCAAGCUGGGACCAGCUGAGAGGGCUUCACACAGAGCGAGAAAGAGAGAGAGAGAGAAAGAGAGAGAGAGAGACGGACCAGCUGUGUCUGUGUAGACUAAACACAUAGACAGAGAGACUAACAACACAGACGGACAGUCUGUCGGACGGAUCUUUCAUCAUGGCGGACAGCGGCAUGUCGUCGGACCUGAUCGCGCAGCACUACAACUACACGGGCAAGCUGCGGAAACCCACGGCGGAGGGCGGGGCCGAGUCCGGUCUGAAGGCCGACUCGGUCAUCUUCAUCCUCAUCUGCUGCCUCAUCAUCCUUGAGAACCUCCUGGUUCUGCUCACCAUCUGGAGGACCAAGAAGUUCCACAAGCCCAUGUACUACUUCAUCGGCAACUUGGCGCUGUCCGACCUGCUGGCGGGGGUGGUGUACACCGCCAACAUCCUGCUGUCGGGCGCCAACACCUACCGCCUCUCGCCGAACCAGUGGUUCCUGCGCGAGGGCUCCAUGUUCGUGGCGCUGGCGGCCUCCGUCUUCAGCCUGCUGGCCAUCGCGCUGGAGCGCCACCUCACCAUGCUGCAGAUGAAGCUGACCAAUCCCGGGCGGGCGGGCCGGGUCUUCCUGCUCAUCUCGGCCGUGUGGUGCGUGGCCGGCGUGCUGGGCGGGCUGCCGGUCAUGGGCUGGAACUGCAUCGGCGCCAUGCCAUCCUGCUCCACGGUCCUGCCGCUCUACGCCAAGAGUUACAUCCUCUUCUGCACCACCGUCUUCUCGCUCAUCCUCAUGGCCAUCGUGGUGCUGUACGCCCGUAUAUACGCCCUGGUGCGCACCCGUUCGCGGCAGCUCGUCUUCCGGAAGGUGUCUAACGGGCGCGGCGGGGCGGGUGGCGGCGGCGGCGGCGGCGGCGGCUCCUCGUCCGGCGGCGGAAAGAGCUCGGAGAAGUCGCUGGCGCUGCUGAAGACUGUCAUCAUCGUGCUCAGCUGCUUCAUCGCCUGCUGGGCGCCGCUCUUCGUCCUGCUGCUGCUGGACGUGGCGUGCGAGACGGGCGUGGGGGCGUGCCCCAUCCUCUACAAGGCCGAGUGGUUCCUGGCGCUCGCCGUGCUCAACUCGGCCAUGAACCCGCUGAUCUACACGCUGACCAGCAACGAGAUGCGGCGGGCCUUCCUGCGCACGCUGCUCUGCUCGCAGCCCUGGCCCUGUACCGGCUGGCCCUGGCCACUCGGGGGCAGCACCAAGGGCCCCAGGGCUAUCAUUGGGGCCGAGCUCAGCAGGAGCAAGUCAGACACGCACUCACACACACACAGGGAGGAGGGGGAGUACAGGGGCACUAUCGUCACCUCCUCGUCAUAAACACACGCACACGCACACACACACACACACACACACACACACACACACACACACACACACACACACUCACACACACAGAGGAGGAGGAGCACAAGGGGUACAAAAUUCACCUCCUCUUCAAAUACAGACACACAUACUGCAGCAUACAACCACUAUUCCGUCCAAUGUGUGUGUGUGUGUGUGUGUGUAUGUGCAUGGUCCCCAUCUAGUGAAUGUUCAUGUGUGUGUGUGCAUUAGUGGUAUGUGUGUGUGUAUUUGCGUAAUGAGUAUGUGUGUAUCUUACAGUAUUGUAUAUUGUUACUUACAGUGUGUAUAUAUGUUUCAUGUACAUGUAUGUGUUGAUCUGUAAAUGUGUUGUAUAGUGUACAAAGUCGUAGAGGACCAUGAGCUGAUAGAGACAUUCCAUAGAGCAGCCGUUGGGUUCUGACAGCCAUAGGGUUCCGUUCCGGCUGAGUUUGGGUUUGAGUUCCACUGGUAUUCUGUGGAGGGGCAUGAGGCCUUCUGCACUGCCUUCUGGGAUACCCCCCCCCACAUCCGGGAGGACCAAGGACUUACCAUAAGACUAGUUCCCCAACACACACCUGGCUUGUGGAAUAUGGAAUCUGGAAUAUGGAAUGUGGAAUCUAGGAUCUGGAACGUAGGAUCUGCUUCUCUCCCAUUUCCCAUUGGACUGUCAACAAUACUCGUAUGGACCUAGAGUUCCUGACUGACCACGAGAUGGAUGUGUUGACCUUGAGAUGGAUGUUUUGACCCUGAGCUGGACCUUUCGACCUUGGGAUAGUGAAGGUCAGGGGUGAAGGGUAAAGGGUGCUGCUGAACUAAGAGACUUGGAAACUAAUGAGUGGGCUCCUUUGUCCACAAGGACUAGUAGCAGACCCCCUUAGAACCCCCAGAACCAAGAGGAACCCCCGUCCCAAAGUAAUGACCCGUACCCGCCCCCUUCCCUAUCCCCCAUAGCACUAAAUCAAUAGGAGCACCUCCCCCCCAACCCCAAUAGCACUAC